AUGGUUCUCAAACUCUACGGGUUCCCAUUCUCGACCUGCACCAAGCGUGUCGCCGUCACUCUCAAAGAGCAUAAUGUCCCCUAUGAGCUCGUUGUUAUCGAUCUACCCAAGGGUGAACAGAGAGACCCGGCCUACAUGGAAAUUCAGCCCUUUGGUCAGACUCCUGCUAUCGAUGACGAUGGCUUUAUACUCUACGAGUCCCGUGCCAUCUGCCGGUACAUCGCCGCCAAAUACGCUUCUCAGGGCCCACAACCACCCCUCCUUCCUUCAACUACGGAGCUCUCGAGCUUUGCAAAGUUCGAGCAAGGUGUGAGCAUUGAGAUGUGCGCUUUCGACCCUAGCGCUUCAAAAAUUGACUUUGAGAAGGUGUUGAAGCCGAUGUUUGGUCAAACGCCGGACGAGGAAGUCGUCAAGGCAAACCUGGCAACUUUAAAUGCAAAGCUUGACGCGUACGAAAAUAUACUUAGCAAGCAGAAAUAUAUCGGCGGUGAGGACUUAACUCUCGCCGAUAUCUUCCACCUCUCCUACGGUCACUCGCUCGAAGUCGCAGGCCUCGGCAUUGAUACGCUCGCUGAUAGGCCAAAUGUCGCUCGGUGGUGGAAUGAAAUAUCGUCUCGUCCGGCGUGGAUCGCUGUCCAGGACAGAGCAUAA